UUUAGUGGCGGAAUCUAUACCACUACUCAGCAGUGUUCCUGCUGCCAUGACAACAUAAAAAAAAAUCUGUUACAUCAGUGCUGGAAAGAGGAGAUGCUGUAUUCGGAUUCAGAGCGCACAUUUUAUAGACUUGGACAAGAAGAGGAAAAGGCUAGACUACUGUUGUUCGAGUUAUAACCCUGGAAAUUGUAGCCACUGUUAGGAAGCAAAGAUUGCACUGUUUGCGUAAUGUGCAGUCCCGCGGGAGGAGCCUAGCUUUCAGGGGAUAGCUUUAUUUUAUUGAUUUACUCAUUUAACCGAGAAAAUUAAUCCCUGGAAAAGUGCUCUAUUUUGAGAUAAUCUGGCUUUUGGCGCACUUCUUUUCCCCCUUAUUCUCGCCCGCUCUACUUUUGCGGUUGAAGUUUUCAUGCUUCUGUCUGAAUGACUUCAUGCUGCAGUUGAUUCGCUACAAGCUGCACGCGGCUCUUUCUUCAAGUUUAUUUCCGAGAGCAAAUUUGUAUAAUUGCGGAGACAUUCCUCUGUCGCCACAUCGGUUCUCGAAUGACAGAUUUCUUCGUGUAUAUGCAGUGACCCACUGAUUACUGUCUACGCAAUUACGAAACAUUUCCGUUGCGCAUUUUUUAUGCAGAUGCUUCAUUACCUGGAGUGAAGAUCUGGAUUAAUAGAUGUACUGUAUUAACUAGGCUACGUGCUGUCCUUUGAGGUUGUUGAACAUACCUCAGUAAAAAUAAAGGAAUUGCGGUGAAACAUUGCUACCGAAAGGAUUUUUUGACCGAAGAUGGGUGUUUGUGGAUACUUUGUCGUGUCUUGGAAGUGCCUUGUAGUUUUGUCGCUCAGACUCCUGUUUCUUGUACCUGCAGGAUUGCCAGUCCGCAGCCAAGGGGAUUCCCAAUCCGAUAACAAAGUGAUGGAGAAUAUUACCGUCAGACAAGGAGAGUCUCUGCUACUCAGGUGUUCACAGGGAAUUGCAGUGACACGCACGGCCUGGCUGAAUCGGUCGAGUAUACUGUACGCGGGAGAAGACAAGUGGUCAGUGGAUCCACGGGUGAGCCUGGUGGUCCUAAACGAGGAAGAGUUCACCAUAAAAAUCGUGAACGUGGACAUGUCCGAUGAAGGACCAUACACCUGUGCGGUCCAGACACGCAGCCGGCCACGGACAACAUCGGUCCACGUCAUCGUCCAGGUACCUCCAAAAAUCAUGAAUUUAUCAAAGGACUUAGCAGUGAACGAAGGUUCCAAUGUAACCUUGAUGUGCAUUGCAAACGGGAAGCCAGAACCCUCAGUCACAUGGAAACUUCUCUCUUCAACCGGUCUUGUUUCGGAAGACGAGUACUUGGAGAUCCCAUCCAUCUCCAGGCAGCGGGCCGGGACGUAUGAGUGCACCGCGGUCAACGAGGUGUCCGCAGAUGUGCAGACGGUCGUAUUAACCGUCAACUACCCCCCAUCUGUGACAGAGGGCAGAGACAUCGGAGUCUCUCUCAGCCAGCGCGGGGUCCUUCAGUGUGAGGCCGAUGCUGUGCCCGAGGCUGAUUUCGAGUGGUACCGAGAUGACAGAAGGCUCUUCAGCGACUUGGACGGCAUUGAUAUCAAAGAAGAUGGCAAGGUGUCGAUGCUGACAUUCUUCAACGUGUCCGAAGUGGACUAUGGCAACUACACCUGCGUCGCUAUCAACAAACUGGGCAGCGCGAACACCAGCAUGGUUCUGUACGAAGUUAAUGAGCCCACUAGCUCGACACUAUUGCAAGGUCAGUACUCCUUUUCACCGACGACUGACAAAACAGUCUUUUCUGAAGAAAUGACAUCUCCUUUAGAAAUGACAGCAUCUGUUUUAGAAAAGACAACUUCAAAAGACUAUGCAAUCUGGGGAGGCCCCGGAGCAGUGCAAGAUGGGAACAGUGGCACCAUGGGAACGCAAGCCUCGACCUGUCUACUUAUUAUCAUCGGUCUUCAGCUGCUGCUGAAGUUUUGAUGCAACAAAUAUUUUUCUGGUGGGGCAGGGGUGGGGUCAGGGGGUGGGCUGUUGGGGUUUGGGGGCAGUUUAAUUAAUUUUUUGCAUCUUCUUUUCUCUCUCACUUGUGGAACCACAGACUUUUGCACCACAUGUGCAUGGGUUAUCCUUGUCUCUGAUUUCCCAAACUGUAGGGAUGAUGUAACAUAUUAACAUAAUUUUACAGUUUUGGAGCAAAUACGAUACUGCCCAUUUGUUGGCUGAAUAUGCCCCCAAUUCCUGGUCUCACAGUUUUGCUUUCUUUAAUUUCCUAAGCUAUUAUUAUAUUUUAUAUUUCAUUUGAGGUGUAAUAACAAUGUAAUAAUGAUAAUACUUUUUCUGGUAUUUUAAGAAACCAGAAUAAUAGAGAGAAGAGACUUCUGACUUCUGAAUCUGUCUCUCUCCUCAACAUUGUAAAUGAUGAUAUUUUUAAGUGGUUUGUGCUAUGCUAUAUUUUUAGUAAUAUUGAUUAAAUAUUUUCAGAGGUAACAAUAUUGAAGUUGUAAUUAUACAGAAACUGUUACUGCUAAUUGACUGAAGUUUUACUAGAAAAUGAAAAAGGCUUAGGGCCUGGUACUGUUCUUGUCUGUAAAUGGCACAAUAACCAUGAACAUGGUAACAUGGUAAAACAAGCUAAAAACCAUAUCCAAUAAAAAAUAAAUAAUCUGAUUAAACAAGCAAAGAUAAGAUUUAUAAAUUGGUAAUACAGUAUAUAUGGGAGUAUUUACCAUUUUGCAAGCAAAGUACAUCUUAACAUUAUGUAAUGUAAUUUAUUGCAAGAUUAUUAAUGUCAUACAUUUUGUGUUAUGUUACAAUGACAUUAUGAUGAAUUAUGAGUGUAAAUGGUCCCCUUUUUUGAGUCGAUCUUACAAGUGUCACUGUAUAAUGGAAACUGUGUUCGUUUGUUCAGGCUUAAGAGGUCAGUUAUCCUCACUGAUAAUGGUGCCUCAUUCCUUUUAAAUGCUAGUAUUCACCACUUCUUCAAACGACCUGAAAUUUGAUCAUUUUACUGUUUUAGAUUUAUAUGUUGUUGCCAUUGCAGUAUAAUUAAUCAAUUUUCUAAUUUGUCGCAAACUGGACAUACUUUGACUGGGAAUGCAUAAAGGAACAAAUAUAGUGAGUGGAAACGUUUGUACAUGUUACUAUCCAGUAUUGUGUAUUGACCUAUUAUCAGAGCGUGGAUUAUAUUUCUAUCAGGAUUAAAAUCAGAUAUGAUUGUCAAAGUCAUAAUGUUCAAAAAUGUCUUGAUACACAUCCCUCAAAUCAAAUCGCAGGCUAUUUGUGUUAAUUGGAUUCAUGAUAUGUAUGCUUGUUUUGUUUAAGCUGACUUAGUACUGUAGCUAUGUCAUAAAUAUCCCUGACAAGCAAAACAACUAUUAUUCAUGUUUCAUUCCUAAUCUUUUCAUUUUUAAUACUAAAAAUACCAAUUCUGAUUUCAGUAACAUUAAGUAUUAUAAUGAUGAUUAUUAUGAUGAUGAUGAAGAUGAUGAUGAUGAUGAUGAUUAUUAUUAUUAUUAUUAAUAAGGUGAUGAUGAUGGUGAAUUUGAAAUGCCUUUUUCACUGAAAGUUAACUGAAUACUCUGUAUGUUUUCUGUAGAAUUGCAAUUCCUCUCCUCGUGGGACAGCCAAGCGUUUUGGGCUGUGCGUUAUUUGUUGUCUUUUAUUUACUAUUUAAAUACUUGCUGGCCAAAAAAAUGUCAGCAUCCAGCGCAAUUCUUUUCUCAGUCAUUCACCACAUACCAUUUACUAAUAAAAAGGACAAUUGUGUCGGACUUACACAGAAGCACCAUCCCGUGUACACAUCAGAUUUUCCAGGGGAGUGACUUUCACAGCGGUGUGGGAAAAUGGAUCAUUGACGUACUUCCUGACGUACAAAUGUUUUGUAGUGGACUUUGACCGGCCACAUGACUGGUCACAUGAUUGGACAGGUUAACAGCAAUGCUUAGGGUAGAUUCAAUAAAAGUUUCCAAACCGCCAAGUUUUUUGGUUACAGAUCAAACAUUCGAGAGACAGACACAGACACAAAGUGACACAAAACAAUUUGAGCAAGGUUUUAAGUUUCUUUUUCUUGUCUUUAAUUUCUGUUUCAAUAACUGUGGAGACAAUAGAGCUUGUAUUGUACCUACCCUAUAUUACUGUAAGUGGUGUGUCUGUGACAGUGUAUUAAAUGCAUCAGAGUGCUCUAUAUUUCUUCAUCUAGGAUCAAACAAGAAAUAAACUUGAAAUUGGUGAUCUGCCAAUGCACUAUAGUACCAGCCAUUGAAAGAUAAUGUCCACCUGUUGCUGUGAUCACUUCACAGACUUGAUUUAUUGCAGUCAACUGUACAAGAAUAAAUAUAUGCAUACUGGUCCCUGGCCGCAGACAGCAAAACAGAACUUCCACUUUCAGGGUACAUGGAGAUGUGUGUUUGCUGUUCUCUCCAGGAUAGUUAAUUCCAGAAUGAAGGAAAAUGGCAUUCCAUUUGACUCCCUGUAAUGUAAAGGAAUCUUGGCUCAUAUGUAUUUUCUUUAUGAGAUUGUGUGUUCAUAUUUAAAACAGAUGGUAAUAAAAAAAUGUUGUAUCUA